CUUAGCGUUGCAUCCACACAGACACAGCCGACCCUGUGACGCCCGUGGACAUUAUGCAGCCCCUUCCCAGCCAGAUUAGCCCUUGCUGCCGCGCCUCCCAUGGCCCAUCCUUCGCGGGCGCAGGGAUGGCGCGGUCCAAGGCGAUAUGGCCGAUCCCCACUCAUCGGCCAGCGCGGGUUCUUGCCGCCGCCCAUUCACGUCGGCAGAAGCAGCAACCCAGCAGCAACAGCUUCCAUCAAGCUACUCCGGCCGCCGGUGAAAAGCCACAUCACCUAGCCGGCCCGAAGCUAGGAGCCUCACCCACGAGCACCGUGUAUGUUGGAGGCAAGCUGCUUUUGCAGACCUUCUUGGAUGCCCCUAGCAACCAGCUCCGGCUCUCCUUCCAGCUUGUCAGCGCCACGGUGGCCAGAGGUGACGGACGCGGGGUGAGGGGGGAAGAGGCCGUCCUGGAGGCCAUCCUCGGCGGCUGCGAGGAGACAGAGCUGGAUGUGAAACUGGCAUGGCGCGAGGCUCUGGGCGCGCCCGGCGCGGUGGUUGUGAAGAACCACUCCGACUUCCCCGUCUACCUCAAGGUGCUCAACUGCUCGGCCGCUGCUGGGCUUCGGGUCGCCGUUGACUUCGCCUGCAACGGAUGGGUCUACCCCGUCGGGAAGCACCCGUAUCGCCUCUUCUUCACCAACGACGCGUAUGUCAAGGAGAACACUCCGAGGCCGCUACUCGGGUACAGAGAAGAUGAGCUCGCCCUUCUCCGGGGAGAGAGAGCCGAUGAGCGGGCGUUCCAGGAGUGGGAUCGUGUGUAUGACUACGCCCUGUACAAUGACCUGGGGAACCCUGACCUGCGCAGGGAUUUGGCGCGGCCCACACUGGGAGGAUCUUGGGAGUACCCGUACCCUCGUCGCACCAAGACCGGGAGGCCACCAACUCGGACAGAUCCUCACACAGUGACCAGAGUUCCACUGGACCAGCAGAUUUACGUCCCGUGCGAUGAGCGUGUUGGUACUGACGUCAUCGCAGCGCCAAGCCUUCCAAACCUGGGUGGCCACUUCAAGUCCAUCGCAGAAAUAUAUAGCCUUGUUGGCCUUGACGAUGUCGGUCGGCUCGCUAAGGCCAAGCAAGUCAUCAACAGCCGUGCCGCCGCGCCAAAAUUCCCCGUCCCACAGGUUAUUUCAGUGAAUCCAAUCAGUUGGCGGAGAGAUGAAGAAUUCGCUCGCCAGAUGCUCGCCGCGACGAACCCGGUGUGCAUCAAGCGCGUCACCAAGUUUCCACUCACCAGCGACCUUGAUCGGACCGCCUACGGGGACCAAGAUAGCAAGAUAACGGAAGGCCACAUUGAGAAGAACAUGAGUGGCAUGACACUCCAGCAGGCUCUGGAGGACGGGAGAUUGUUCGUUGUGGAUCACCACGAUUGGGUGAUGCCAUACCUGAAGCGCAUCAACGAGCUGCCGGGAGAGGAGGAGAUCGGUGAGAUCUCUCCGAGGAAGGCUUAUGCCGCUCGAACGCUUCUGUUCUUGAACAAUGACUCGACGCUACGACCGCUGGCGAUCGAGCUGAGCUCACCGCACCAGGACGACGAGCAGCUUGGUUCUGUCACCACGGUGUACACUCCACCGGAUACCAGCGACGACAUCUUGUCGGCCAACAAGUUCACCGCGUGGGACCUCGCCAAAGCCCACGCCACCGCGAAUGAUACCUCAAAGAACAACUUCGUCAUUCAUUGGCUCAACGUGCAUGCGACCAUGGAGCCGCUCGUGAUUGCAACGAACAGGCAGCUGAGCGUGCUGCACCCCGUCCAGAAGCUCCUGAAGCCACAUUUCCGGAACACCCUGCACGUCAAUGCCGUCGCACGCCAGAUCAUCUUCGGUUCAGGUGACCGAAGGAAGAAUGACGACAUCUUCCGUGGCAUACAAGAGGUCACCUAUCUUCCAAGCAAAUACGCCAUGGAGAUGUCCUCAAAGGCCUACACGAACUGGAACUUCACAGCGCUGGCUCUCCCGGCUGAUCUCAUCAAGAGAGGUGUGGCAAAAGGUGAUCCAAAUAACCCAGAGAAGCUUGAGCUGUUGAUCAAGGACUACUCAUUUGCACUGGACGGUCUCGAAAUCUGGAUGGCGAUCAAGAAAUGGGUCGCCGACUACUGCGCCAUCUACUACCUCAACGACGGCGCGGUCACGAGCGACAGUGAGCUUCAGGCGUGGUGGAGGGAGGUGAGGCACGUUGGGCACGGCGACCUGCAGGACGCGCACUGGUGGCCGGCGAUGGACUGCCUCGCUGACCUCGUGGAGGCGUGCACCAUCAUCAUCUGGCUGGGCUCGGCGUUCCACGCGGCAGUCGGCCUGGGGCAGUACUGGUACCAGGGGUUCGUGCCGAAUAGCCCAACCCUCACCUCACGCCCAAUGCCGGAGGCCGGGGCGGUGGUGACGGAGGCUGAGUUCCUGGGGAGCAUCACCCCGAGGAAUGAGACGCUGGCGCUCAUGGGGAUGGCAGCCAAGUCGUUAGCGAGAACGGGGGACGUGUUCCUGGGACAGCGGCCGGAGUCUGAGCUGUGGACGAUCGAGCAGCGUGCAGCCGAGGCGCUGGCGCGUUUCCAGGAAAGGCUGGAGGUGGUCGCAGGUAAAAUCCAGAGGAGGAACGCCGACCCCACGCUGAAGAACAGGGCUGGACCGGUGGAGGUGCCCUACAACAUGCUCACGCCAACCAGGGAGCCAGGGCCUGUCGCCCGCGGCAUUCCCAAUAGCAUCACCAACUGAGGUGGUCGUCUGCCGCCCAAGCCCGGCCUCUGAUCCCAUGCAUUUUCACUACAGAAAAUGGGCCUGGAUACCGGGUAGAA